AUGGCGAAGAAGACCAAGUCUCGCAUUAUCAAUGUGCGCCUCCUCUCCAUGGCCAUGACAGGCUACUUCUACACAUUCACCCGCGCGCGGACGUCCCUGCCCAUGAGCAUGAUCAAAUACGACCCCAUUAGUACGAUUCCCCCGAGAUCCGUCUCCUCCCUUUAA